UCUACCGCUUUCUCAGAAAAUUAAAGGACAUAAAGAAAGUGAAAAAAGCAAUGCUACUUUCUCACUGGUUAGUAGUUUUGUACGAAGAGAAAGGACAGAGAAAACAGGUUCGUAUGUAGAAACGCAUUUACUGUGUUCUGCUGCCAUACUGGACUUUCUUACUUUUGUAUCUUGUUUAAAUUUCAAUCUCUCAACUUUUUUCAUCCUAAGAGUAGAGAAGAGAACGAACCCUUUGGACCAUAAUAUAUAGCUCCUUUCUGUUCCUACGUCCUCCAUGGCUUCUGGUGAUGUGCUUCCUCGUUUCUUCAGUGUGUUUCUUUCCCAGUACAACUCUGAAUCCUUUAUGAUACCAACUUCGUACUACGAACACUUACCACGCCGGUUGCCCAAGACUGCGAUUCUCAUGGGAACCGGUGGGAAGAUUUGGAAAGUAGCAAUGAAGAGCAUAAGAGGGCAAGUGUACUUUGAACAAGGAUGGCCCAGUUUUGUGGCGGAUAACGAGCUUAAAGAUGGAGAGUUCUUGACAUUUGUGUUUGAUGGUUACAACCACUAUGAAGUGAGCAUAUACGGUCACGGAGGUUGCAAGGAAAUCCGAGCAGUCGUUGAAGUGGAAGACAUCUCUGAUGAGUCAGAGAGUGACAACAACAGUGGCGAAUCUCUUGUUAGUGUCACUCAAGUGUAAGAAGAGAUGAAUGAUGAAACAAAGAGAGUGACAUGGAACUUUUCUCUUUGAGAAGAGAUAAAAAUAAUUGUAAUGUAGACUCUAAUAAGUAUCGGUCUCUUGACCAAGCUAAAACCAAUUAAGACUUGAC